AUGGCUGAAGAAGUCAUCAAUGUCACGGCUCAGCCUAUGUCUGAGCCAGUACACAAUAUAUCAAAGGCAAUUUUUCUUCAAACUACCACAGCACAAGUUGUCUCUGGAAUAUUUGUAUGGGCAGCCCUCUUCAUAACAUGCCAACAAAUUUACCAACACCUGCGCUGGUACACUAACCCAUCGGAGCAGCGAUGGAUUGUGAGGAUUCUGUUCAUUGUACCAAUAUACGGCAUCUACAGCUGGAUCUCCUUGCUAUUCUUUAUGGGCGACUCGUAUUAUGUCUAUUUCUUCACGGUCAGGGAUUGUUAUGAAGCGUUCGUGAUCUACAGCUUCCUCUCGCUAUGCUACGAGUACCUUGGUGGUGAGGGGAACAUUAUGUCCGAGUUACGUGGGAGGCCCGUACGAGCGUCAUGUGUCAACGGUACCUGUUGCCUCAGCGGAGCCACAUACACCAUCGGAUUCCUGCGAUUCUGCAAACAGGCGACACUUCAGUUCUGUUUGAUCAAGCCAGUCUGCGCCUUCGUUAUUAUAUUCUUACAGUCGGCUGGCCACUACCACGAUGGUGAUUGGUCCCCAAGCGGUGGUUAUAUCUACAUAACCAUCAUCUACAACUUCUCGGUCAGUCUGGCGCUGUACAGCCUUUUCCUCUUCCUCGGCGCCACUCGAGAGAUGCUGAAACCUUUUGAUCCAGUGCUCAAGUUCUUUACGGUUAAGUCUGUCAUCUUCUUGUCCUUCUGGCAAGGUGUGGCCCUCGCUAUUCUCGAAAAAGCGGAAGUGAUAUCACCGAUAAUAGACGAAAAUGGCAUCCCCACAACAGCUGGUACGGUAUCUGCUGGAUAUCAGAACUUCCUCAUUUGCAUCGAGAUGUUGGCGGCCGGAGUUGCAUUGCGGUACGCGUUCCCCGCGAGCGUUUACGCGCACGCACGACGCGACCCACACAGAUCUGUCACUAUGCAGUCCAUCUCUAGCAGCCUUAAGGAGACAAUGAAUCCAAAGGACAUAAUGACGGACGCAUUCCACAACUUCCACCCUCAAUAUCAACAGUACACGCAAUAUAGCUCGGUGAUGCGCGGAACAGGAACGGGCAAACGAAGUGAAGAAGGCGCUGCAUUAGCUCCUCGUCCGCCGCCACAGAGAGUCGCCACCAUCAGUCAAGCUACUAAUUACCACGAAAAAACUACCUUACUCAGCUCUGAUGAUGAAUUCCAGUGA